UCAAUAACCCUUACCUUAACCCCUAGCUUAAUACAAUGUUAAAUGUCAACUUCAAUUUGGGUUACGGACUUCCCAAGGAUCCCCUAUAGCACGGACCCAAUCUAAACGUAGACAGAGUUGUUUUCGUUUUACCGAAGUGCAGCCUGCCUUCAGGAGCAUUUAGGGAUUUAUUCGUUUUUACUGCAAUUGCACAGCAAGUGUUGUUUUUAUUCGCCAAGUACCUGCUGCUUACCCGAACAGGAAUGGCGCUUUGACGAUACCGAAAAUACCAGACAGCAGCGGUAUGGAUUUAGGAAAUGUUUCCCAUAGCUGCGAUUCACGAGCUCUGAAAGUUACAACAUCAACAACAUCAUCAUCAUCACCACCACCAUCAUCUUCCCUCAGCAGCAGUGCUCACCGUCAGCUAGAGGCAGCAUUACCACCGCCCCUCCAAGUUCUCCAGUUGAAGAGGCAUCAUAAGCAGUACUAUAGCCAUGGCCAUAAUCUGUUACCUAAGAAGAACCCUCUAGAUAAUACAGUGAGAGAGUUGUCAUCAUCCUGUGUCUAUGAGGUACCUGACUCUGGUGGUGUUCCCCAUGACCCGACUGCCUCUGCAUCUGCCAUGGCCUUAGCUGUCACUACCACAGUUUGCUCUGGUGUUGAGGCUAGAGAUGUAUGGAAGUCUGGAUACCUGAGAAAGAUGAAACACAGCCACAAGAGAUUUUUUGUCUUGAGAGGGCCAAGUGACACAGGCCCCAGCCGCUUGGAGUACUAUGAUAGUGAGAAGAAAUUUAGAAAUGGAAUGAAAUCCGUUUGUAAAUCUCCUAGUGCUGUGGGUUCUCCUAAGAAGGUGAUUUAUCUGUAUCAAUGUUUCACUGUUAGUAAAAGGGUAGAUUCUAAACACAAGCACCUGAUAGCCCUGUACACUAAGGAUGAGCACUUUGUCAUGAUAGCGGAGAAUGAGGAGGAGCAAGAGGAUUGGUACCUGGCUCUGAGUGAUCUGGUGAUCCAGGAGAAAAAGGAGUACCGGGAUGCUGAGGAGUUGGAUGAUGGAUACUGGACCAUCUCUCCUGGAGCCAUCUUCAAGGAGGUGUGGCAGGUGAUUGUAAAGCCCAAAGGUUUAGGACAAACCAAGAACCUGAUAGGAGUGUGCCGGCUGUGUCUCUCUGCCAAGACCAUUCACCUGGUGAAGAUGUGCUCUGAGAUGACGUCUGUGAACCUGCCUCUGAUGAAUGUCCGUCGCUGUGGUCACUCCGAGAGCUUCUUCUUUAUGGAGGUGGGCCGCUCGUCCUCCACUGGGCCUGGGGAGAUCUGGAUGCAGGUAGAAUCAGGCGACCCUGUGGUGGCUCAGAAUAUGCAUGAGACAAUCCUGGAGGCCAUGAGAGCCCUGAGGGCCAUCCCUGAUUUCAGGCCUCGGAGCAAGAGUCAGUCAUUCCCAUCAAACCCCUGUGCCGUAGUCACCACACGACGUCAACACCAUGGCAACCUCCCACCCAGCCUGACUGGGUUACAGCGCUCUAUAAGGGUGGAAACUGUUGUGAGCAAACCGUCCCCACAGAAAAAUAAAGGAGAUGGAGGCCACAGCCCCAAUCGAACUUCUAGCCAUGGAGAGGGAACAGUGAACCAACUGAUCAGCCCAGGGACUGGCACCUUGGCUCUCCGUAAUGUCUGCAUCAGUAAAAGCCUUGAAGAGAGCCUCAGUCACUGUGCAUGCAUCUCCACCACCAUCAGUGUAUCCAGCAGCAGUGGCAAUGACUCUGAUACACACCCCUGGCCCUCUGACACUUCAGUCUUUGGUUCUUCCAGCGACAGAGGCUCUGAUACACACCCCUGGCCCUCGGACACUUCAGUCUUUGGUUCUUCCAGCGACAGAGGCUCUGUCUGCGCUGAGGAUUUGUGCUCCAACCCAUGUGUCUUUCAGUUGUCCAGGAGUAACACCCCUGACUCACUGUUUAACACCACACUCAUUGACGAGAACAGCUUGACUGACUACGUGUCCAUGGAUUUGCAGGUAACGGCUGUGGCCGGGACUAAUCAAGGAGAUCGCUGUGAUGUGGAAACGUCUAAGCCUGAACAUUCCAGACAAUACCACCAAACCACCUCAUGCACUCCAAAAUGCGAAAAUUACCUCUCAUCCAAGCGCCCCUUCCUCCAUAUCUAUAAUCAGAGUAAACUCCCAGUGGUGGAAAGUUAUAUGCCAAUGACUUGUGCACCAGGUCGUCAUUAUACAGAUGACAUCCCUUCAGAUUACAAUGUGACCCCCACUCCUCUUCAAACACCUAGUGCUACCAUGUUUCCCUCAGACCAGCUGGGGCCCCAGGGCUACAUGAUAAUGCUUCCACGUAGCUGUUCACCAGCAAAGGACAGCCUCAGUGAUGUUGAUCAUUUAGUGUGUGAUGAAUACAUGAACAUGUCUCUCGGGAGCCACAUGGAUGGUCAUACACAUGGCUCACCGGAGGCUCUUAAGUCCUACAGCUCCUAUUCCUCUCUGCCAAGCUCUAACCAGCCUCCCUCACAGAGGAACUGUGAACAUGAUGACUAUGUCUCCAUGUGUCAUCCUGCAGCACAUCACUGCUCUGCAGAUGAAUGGAACAGUAGAAACCCUCUCUGUAGCUCGCCUCGUCACUCUUCUCAUCCAAGCAGUGAUGUGCUGCUGAACCUAUCAGAUGUGCCUGUGUUGAAUGUCACUGGUUUGUCCUUGGACCAGCAUGGGGUUGAAGAUAGUGACCUGCCCACUCAAACUGAGUCUAUCCAGAUUUCAACAGAUCGUCUCAACUACAUUGCUCUUUACCUGAGGGAUGAUCAGUGUUCCACCUGUGAUGUCCCUUUGCAUACAGAUGAGGUCACUUCUCCACUUCCUGCACGUACCAGUCCCAGAGAGAGUGGGUCUGGACCUGGGCUCUACACUGGCAUAGACCUCCCCACAUCAGCAGGACAGACUGCUGCCACCAGACGUUGGUUGUGUUCUUGUCUCCCCUUGUGUAUCAAUACUGAUGACAGUGAGUAAGAGUACAGGUUAAAAAGUGUCAGUGAUGCUUUUGAAUCGAUUCAUUAUUGAAUCAACCAGAUUGUGAAUACUCAGCUUUGUUUAUAGGAUGAUAAUGAUCAAAUAAACAAGUUAUUUGUACUCAGUGGAAUUGUUCAUAUAAAAAAUGUCUGUCAUGUUUCUUUACUUUUGGUGGUUGUUGCUAGUCUGGGUACCAGUUCCACGCCUUGUACUCCCUUGCAUAUGGCACAGAGUACAACAAGUGGGAUGUUUUCUCUUAGAAAAGAUUUAAUCUGCACUGUCCAAGUAAAUGUUGUCAUUUGUUAAAAGUAUUUCUUGUUCAUAAUUGUGUGGUUUGUUCAAGAUUGAAAUCAGUAGAUGUUUUGUGUGAAGUAAAGUGAAAGUUGUGUCUUCAGGCAAUGUAUUGGUUGUCAACUGGAAGGAUAUACUUUUUGUUGUGUAGGCCUGAAUUAUUUGUAUUUUUCAUGAAUCAAGAGAGGAUGUUUUCAUUUUCUUUUCACAUUUUUCACAGGGCAUUUACUGGAUCGUUUGCUCUGUACCUGGACGGGAGUCAGCACCUUUGGGUUAUGAAAAUGUAAAAAAAAAUGUGCCUUAAUUUGCAUGUACCAUGCCCUGGGCCCAUAUUCACAAAACAUUUAUUACGCAAAAACUCUUAAGAAAAAAUAAAACGUUUGUUUGUGCAAUUCCAGAACAAUAUUUAAAGAUUUUUUCCAAUACCCUUUUUGAGGAAUAGCAACUUUUCUUAACUUUCUUAAAUCUAUAGUUAAGGGAAAAAUGGCAGUUAAGAAAUGUCUUAAAGAUUUUGUGAACCUGGGCCCUGGUGAUUGCACCCUUUAAUGCUUUUAUACCAUUAAUGGAUGUAAUUAUACCAUUAAAAUAUAGCUAAU